AUGAUAUACAUUUUUGUUUUUCACUACAGAUGGGGAACUUGGACUACUAUAAAGUGGUGCCCCUCAGGGCGUAUCAUACAAUUUGCUCUGCAAGUUGAACAGCCCCUUCCUGGUAACGGUGACGAUACUGCAGCCAACAAUAUCAGGUUCCGAUGCUCCGAUAACACUGUCCUGAUAGGUAUUGGAGGACCAUGGGGAACAUGGGGACUGUGGAGUGCAAUCUGCGUAAAUGGAAUUGUUGGCAUCAAAACCAGAGUGGAGCCUCCCCAAGGACCUGGAGAUGACACGUCCCUGAAUAACGUCAUAUUUCUAUGCUUGUAA